AUAUAAUAUUGUUUUUAAACGUAUAAUUUCAUGAAUUUGCCUUGUUUUGGCUCUCUUUGUCUGUCAGCUGUUUUUAUUGGCACAGGAGCUUCAGUUGAGGUUUAGUACCAUGCCUCCUUCGAAGCGAAAUGUUCGUGACACAAUAGAGGCAUUGAAAGCGAUCAUUGAUGAAUCGCUGAAACGUCCGGAAAAGAAGCAAGAAUUUGUGGACGAAGGAUCCAUACAGCUAAUUAUUGGUUUGUGUGAUGUAAAGACCAUUGAUUGGAGCCUUGGUGCAUAUUGUGCUGCAGUUCUCAGAAUACUUGCUCAUGGCAAUGGAAAAGUCAAGGCCAAGAUAGUUGGACAAGGGGGAAUUCCCCCCUUACUGAGACUGUGUGACCCUGAGCUAGUAUCAGAUGAUGCAGGCAUUGCAGAAGAUGCACAUUGGAGAUUCCUUGCUCAUGAGCAAGCUGCCGCGGUUCUCCACAUCAUCAGCUUUCAGAAUUCAUCGUGUCAAGCAGAAAUGGUCACAGCUGGUGCAAUCAAAUACCUUGUUGGAUUGUGUGAUGUGUUCAACCCCGAGGGUUGUCAUAGCAACUGUUGCAAGUCUGUAUCUGAGCAAUCUAUCGAUGCAAGCAAACUCCUUUAUGACUUAACCUACAAGAAGAAACUGGUUGGAAAAGUAAAAGAAAUGACCGUGGAAGAGAUCAGGGAAAAGGCAGUGAAGCUGAUUAGAAAUGGUGAGGAUUUUUUUAUAAUAUUAAUAGUUAAUAAGCUUAUCAAGGGCUAUAGAGAUCUUAUUAUUGACCAGUUACUGCAAUUGAGGUAUUUAUUGUUUCACUGGUGGCAAUUUUUGACAUGUCAUGACCCCUCUAAUCCUCUUAAUCCAUUUUACUUUCGAUGGCAGGAUAGAGAGUUUAGAUGGGCUGACAUUUAUGUGACAGAAGUGAUUGAUGCCUGUCAUUUCUGGGCUCAUGUUGGAGGGAAACCAGUGAUUGAAAAAAUGGAGGCAAUAAAUAGGGAACUUUUAUCACAGGAACAAAUUCCCCUGAAUUCCAUACCAGAACCAGGUACAUUUGUUUUUGUGUGCGAAAUGAUUGGAGGUCACAGAGACACAUACAGAGCUCAAGUCCUUUCACUAGAUCAGAGAACUGAUGGCAGUCUAACAGCAAAGGUCUUUGCCAUAGACAAUGGUUUUACUAAGGAAGUCUCAAGCACAUGCUUAUAUGUUUUGCCAGAACAUCUGAUGGGUUUUCCAACACAGGACCAAAUUCCCCUAAAUUCCAUACCAGAACCUGGUACAUUUGUUUUUGUGUGCGAAAUGAUUGGAGGUCACAGAGACACGUACAGAGCUCAAGUCCUUUCACUAGAUCAGAAAACUGAUGGCAGUCUAACAGCAAAGGUCUUUGCCAUAGACAAUGGUUUCACUAAGGAAGUCUCAAGCACAUGCUUAUAUGUUUUGCCAGAACAUCUGAUGGGUUUUCCAACACAGGCAACCUUGUGCUGUUUGUCUGGAAUUCAAGACCCACCCAAAAGUGCCGAAAUUCUGGAGCAUGCUUCUGGUGCUCUAAGAAAUCUGACUGAAGAGAGUAACUCUUACCGCCUUUAUGUUACUGCUCAGCAAGGUCUGGAGUUUCUACUCAAGCUGUGUACCGUCCAAAACAGAGGUGUCUGUAAGGAGGCUGUGGGUGCUCUUCUCAAUCUGGCCAUCAGCACUAAAGUUCGAGUCAGGAUUGGAUUUCUUGGUGGCAUUCAAGUUCUUCUUGAUGUUUGCCGGAGGUUUUCACAGGAUGAAGAAGUCCUUUUCCUUGCGAUCGGAAGCAUUCAAAAUUUGGUUCAAGAUUCGUAUGUUAAUCGCUGUCGACUGGCAGACAGUGAUGGCUUGAUAACACUGAGUCAAGUUUAUUACAAUUCUGAGAGCGAUCCAGUCAAGACCAGGUGUCUUCAUGCUAUCAAGAACUUACUUGGAAAUUCCAUUACAAAUCUAGAGAAUGGUGUUUUACAGAUUAAUACCAAAACACACACCAACUUAACUUAUGAUACCAGAAGCAUAGUUGAUGAAAAGAGAAAAUUUUCCUUGGCUGUGUCAGAUGAUGAGCCCACAUGUGAAAGAGGACGUCGAAGAAGAAGACGAAGAUUGCGCCGUGGUGAGGUCGAACCAAAGCCUACUCCAGUAGCACUUUCACCAGAAAACCUCAAGCGGAGUUCAACAGGGGAGUCUGAGGGAUAUUCUGAUUAUGACAACAGUGCUAGUUAUGAAGACACUGAUGGCGACACAGAUGGAGAGAGACUGGUGACUGACAAGCAAGUUCAAGUGCAAGGUCCUAGAUGUAAUGAUGAUAAAGAUGUUGAUAAGGAAAGGUAUUACAUCCAAGGUUAUCAUGUGCCAUUUAGUGAAGAUGACUUGCAUGAUUUCAGGCCUCAGGCUAACAUAAACAGUGUAUCGACUAGACCAGUAGCCAGAUCUUUAUGUGCAUUUUUAAACAGUGAUAAAUGUGGCACUGUUUACCUGGGAAUUCGAAAAGAUGGAGUAGUAGCUGGCUUGAGAAUCGACAGAAAACAGCGUGAUCAGUUACGUCUUGGUGUGGAUGAGUGCAUGGAUCGCUUCAAUCCGUCAGUGAAACAUCACUGCUAUCAGGUGGACUUUGUACCGGUGGUGAGAAAUCAAGGAAGUGAUAGGCCCAGCUCUAGGAAACAAGUGGAAGACCGCUUUGUUGUGGAGAUUAAGAUUUUGAGUUGUCCCGGCCAGAUAUACACGACAAACCACGGAAAGUGCUACUUUCGUCAAAAGAGCAGAAAUGAAGAGUUAACAACACAAGAAGUCAGAGAGAGGACAAUUAAAGAACAACAGAAUCUGUAUAACAGUGAAGUGCAUAGAUUGCGAAUGGAAUUAGAGGACAUGAAGAAGCAACUUCAAGAAAAAUCAUCACGUUUUGAUGAUGAAAGGCCGCACAGCUUUAACCAGCCAGACAUUAGUCCAACAAUAUUUGAAAAGAUGGAGAAGACCUCCAUCACUGACGACCGUAAAACAAAAAUGCCUGGAACUGCAAUGGAUCCCUCAAACUCGCUGGGCGGGUCACAGCAGGAAGAUCUGCAGGCGGCAAAUUGCGUGAUAUCUUGACAACAGACAAGGAAAUUAUUGCUGAUAUAGCAAACGUCCCUUAGCAGUUCUUUAUUUAUGGCCCCUUGGCUUACAAAUGAAUCUAAGAAGCUCACAUUUUCAAUGUAACAUUUCUCGACCUGAGUACUUGUCGCCUCAAAGCAGUAUUUUUCUGAAGUAUCACUGAAGUUCCGCGUUUACCGUAACCCUUUUUUGAAGGUUACCUGAGGGCUUGACCGGAAUAGAACUAAAACUUCUCCAAGAAGCUUGUGUUUCAUCGCAGUUUUGUUUUAUUAAAACUAGCAAUAUUUGGAUGUUUAUUUAAUUUUUAAUUAAGCUUUCCGUUUUGUUGACAAAGAAGAGUAUAUGAUUGACCACAAUAAAAUAAAUCAACGGAC